GCCACUACGAAAUAGCUUGAACCCAAACAGAUCUAGCCCCGACUUGUAUUCAGGCAUUUCUCGGACGCCAGCACCCGUUCAGCCUGAACUCAGUCUCCAGCCCACCGCGCGCCAACGAUGUAAACCAUAUGGACUUUACUCUAGCAAUAGGUCUCGACACCAGCGUCAGAUGCCGCAAUUAAGAGUUGCCACUCAACUCUUACCUAAUCGUCAGCUAUUGCCCAUAAUCUCGGAGGAAGAAUCACCAUGCUCCGGCUCGUCUUCUUCGGGAGACUCUCUGGACUUUGCCAAUCAUCGAGGAUUCGUGAAGCCGCUAGAAAGUCGUCGUUUAGGUUUCCUAGACGACGAUGACUCUGAAUCACCAGCGAUGCCGAUCUCGAACUCAAAUUGCAUCCCUGAACCUCUGAAAACUACAGACAUAGAAGACUACGAAUAUAUGUUUACCAAUGCCAUCUGGAACACUACGCCAGAGCUUACAUUCGUUCAACCCAGCCAGGAAGCAUACCUUGAAAUUGCGCCUGCAUCGGCCGUACCUCCUUCGCUUCUCGAAGCACUUGAGAUCGAGAUCCACAGUCGCCUCACCUUCAUGUUCAACUGCAUGAACAGUGGGAUCCUUGACGAACUACCAGCCCUCAGCAGUGACCUCCAUUGGACACUUUGCGCUCUUUCGGAUGAUUAUCCCGUCUUAACCUUAUUAGACAGCCUAGGCGUAGCUGUAGAAAUUCUUGUUGAGCGGAUGGUAGCCUCUACUACUGCUUCUUAGCUUAGCAUAUGCGGCUGCCAGUUCGUUUUUGAAAGGCAGAGUGACGCCGAUGGAGGCACUACCAGCAAAUCAAGCCGAGCGUCCAAAAUUUUAUUAGCAUUCAGCAGGUCAACGCUUAUUGUUCCAUUUGCGAAGAUUACUGGAAGAUCGAACAACGAUUACGCCCCACACU